CCGACUUGAAAAGUGAAGGCUCUCCCCUCCUUUCCCUAUUCUGUCUUCAUCUGGUUGGCGCCAACGCGUCACGGUCUCUCACUUUUGAGAGCGUCGUGCCGUUGGUUGGUUUCCCCUUCCUCGCGAAACAUUACAUUACCACCGGGAACGACGAGAUGUAGAGGGGAGCAGCUGAACACUUCCAUUGUUGAUCCGGACUUGCCGCUGACUCCGGCGGUCGGUUUGUUGUUGUUUUUUUUUUUCUUUCCCGCUGCCUUUCGGCGCCUGCAGCGGGGAGCCGCCGCCAUGGCUGGGUGGCGUCUGUUCCGCAGCGGCCGCUGCGACUCCAUGGCCGCUGCUGAAUCAUGUUCGGCCAUGAUGCUGGUUGCUACCCUUCUGCUCGCCCUCUACGCGUGUGAGCUAGCUCCAUCGGUAAACGCUAGAACCGGCUCUCACAUGAGACCUCUCGACUCAUUGCAUUUCUUCAGACGUGAGCUUAAGACUCAUAGAGAGAGGAUGGAACGCGUUCUGGUGGAGGUUACCGAGCCGCCACCUGGUGGCCCCGCGAGGACGAUAACGGUUGCUCUGGAUGGAUCUGGGGACUACAAGCUGCCAUCGGAGGCAGUGGCAUCCCUCGGCACCAAGAGCUCUGCUCCCGUCACGAUCUACAUCAAGGAUGGAGUUUACCGUGACCGGUUUAACGUCGUGAAGAGAAGAUGGAACGUUACGAUGAUUGGUAAUCCUGAGGAUCCAUCCCGAGUUGUCAUUGUCGACAAUCGCCAUGCUGGCAAGAUGGGUGCUGAUGGUGAUGAUAUUGGGACCUUCCAAUCUGCCACAGCGACUUUUGGUGGCUACCACAUCAUUGUCCAAGGCAUUUCAUUUAUCAACGACUUCCCGCGUGGUAAGCCUGGGGAGAUUGGCAACCAAGCUGUUGCGAUGCGCGCUUCGGGCUGGUUUAUCAUCUUUGCGAACUGCAUCUUCCGCGGAUUCCAGGACACUCUGUACGCUCAUAAGGGAGUGCAGUUGUACAAGAAUUGCUAUAUCGAGGGGACCAUCGAUUUCAUCUUUGGCUAUGCGACCGCUCAGUAUGAGGAUUGCCACAUUCACACCUUGGCCGAUCCUUUCACCAUCUCUGCGGAGAAACGGCAGCUGCCAGGCGCUCGUACAAGCGGCUUCCUCUUCUUGAGAGGAAUAAUCACUGGCGUAAGCGGCAAGGCCUAUCUCGGUCGAGCGUGGGGAGCUGCGUCGCUGACCUGGUUCGUUGAGACGCAAAUGGAGGCGUUUAUCCAGCCGGCAGGCUGGAAUAACUUCAACGACCCCACCAGGGAGAAGACGGCAGAUUACGGGGAGUACAACUGUUCGGGUCCGGGCUCAGAUCGGUCCGGCAGAGUUAGUUGGUCGCGGGCAUUAACUCUCGAAGAAGUUGGGCCAUUCUUAGGAGGAGAUAGGCAAUGGAUCGAUGGGAACUCGUGGGUCAGACUGCCAUCCCCUCUUCCUCCGACUCCUGAUGGCAGGGAAGACGCGGCCACAACCCCUCUACCUAUCAGUAGUGGUUCACCUCCUCCUCCUCCUCCGCCUCCACCACCUGCUUCGGUUGUUCCGCCCACUCCUCCUUCCGUUGAACCUCCUGUGCUUCCGUCCGGUUUUGCGACUGCCGGCCUUGAGCCUGCAGCAGCUUCAGGUAACGCCACCGGCGUGAUCGCAGCUCUGCGAGCGGACCCUAGGUUUUCUAUCUUCGUUGGUCUUCUUGACAAAGGCUUCGCGGCAAACCUUCCUCUGCAACCUCUCACCAUCAGCGUGCCUGAGAAUGCCGCUUUCGCACGUCUGGGUCCUGGCCAGCUGGACACGAUUAAGGCCGAUGAGGCCCUCCUUUACGAGUUCCUUGGGUACCAUUUCGCUGACGGUUUCUAUCCGAAGGCGGACCUGCUGGCCGCCAUCGCCAAAAGCACUUCUGGCACAGUCUCCGUCCCUACUCAGGGGGGCAGUUACGUAUCUUUCUCUUCGGUUGGUGACGUUAUCAAGGUCGACGGCAGCACCUCUGUCACGGAGGCUGACUUCCUAGUCGACUCUCCGAACAAAGCUGUCGCCCAUGUUAUUGCCAGCGUGUUGCUUAGUCAAGACGUCACGGACUCCUUGGCUAGCUCUUCGUCUCCUCCCCCACAUCCUGUCUGAAGGUGAGAACCAAGAUAACGCCUUGUCCACAACACUGACUGUGGGAUUUCUCCUUCGAUGGAUCAGUCAGGUCUGACGCAAUGAUUGCCGUUUGUGUUUUCAACUCUUUAUAUAAAGCUUUGAAGUCUUAACCGAUGCCACCUUCGCCGCUCUACUUCUCGACUGAUACUGAACUGAGGGCGAGUGUUGCUGUUGUGCUUUCAGGUAGCUUCGGUUCAGUGGAUAGAUCCGAGAAUGGCCAUUCGUUGGUUUUCUGCCGCAUGCUUCCGUCGGCGCGCAAUGAUACCCGCCUUCUCGCUGAAGGUAAGGAGAAUGGAACGUGUAGAUGAUGAUGCUCAUCCCGAUCGCCACUGAGAAAAUAACCAGUCAAUCUCGAUUGCUUGAUCUCGAUCGAUGAUGAUGUGUGUUUCUUGGCCAGUUUUGCUCCAAUCCACGCUCUGUGUGCGGGCAAUAAUAACAUCAGGUCGCCAGCAUUAACUUUUGUGGCUCGUUUGUUUUGCCAUUUGUUUAUUACUUCAUCCGAGCAGAUCCGAUUAUCAUCCUUACGCUGUUUCCCUUCCGUAUGUCGUUUUGCACCCUGAGCACGUCGUUUGCACCCUGAGCACUGUGAUAUCUCCUCCUUGCGUAUGUCGUUUUGGGAAGACUUCUGUCUUCAGUGGAAAAGGAUCACGGGUCGUUGGGAGUGCGUGGGUGGUCCGUCAGCUAUCUGGAGGGACUAGUACCUUGUAGCAGUGCUGCUGAUGUGGGAUGAAAAUUCUGCGUGUCAUGUGACUGUGCGUUUACUUGCUGUCCUGCCUCUGUUCUCCUAUUUGGCCGCAUCCCUUGUUCUUAUUCACUUGUGUUUCUUCUUUCUUUCUUUUCUUUUCUUUUCUUUUCUCCUGUAUUUAUUUUCACUUGUUGCUUGAAUCAGCUCAGUUGCUUUUCAGUUAUGUAAGCAUUCUUUUAUUUUUGCUCUGCCACGGAUUCUCCACAUCGUAGAUCCGUUUCUGCAGCGAGUCAUGUUGAACCUUGUUGGACGGUGGAGAUUAGACCAUUUGCUGAACCGUUUUGCAGGAUUGACUCUGAUUAUUAAAACCUUGUUGGACGGUGGAUUAGACCAUUUGCUGAACCCCUAGUGAUUGGACCUGUGGUUACUGGAUCUGUGGCUGUGUACCAUGGGUUUGACAUUUAAAUUUUGUGUUGUUUUUCGCCGAUGCUUGGGUAUUUGAAAAAAACGGACCUUUAUCAGACUCCCCCGACGGCUUCCUUCCGACGGUCCGGGAAAUGUUCUACUUCACGUUUCACGGAUUCUCGCUCCGCUUUACCAACUGAUCAAACAGUUGAGUCUAUCGGACCUCUAACAGCUUCAUGUACGUUUUGUAUGUUUUGUAUGUUUUGUAGUAGAGCGAGUCCCAGAGAAGCUUGUUUAUGCGUUUUUGCGCUUGUAUUUUCAUUCUGUCGUCCCUGAAAGAUGCGCUCGUUUCCUCUUCGAGAGGUUAACUUGGUGCAUCUGUAGCUGUCGCCAUCAUUGUGGGGGUUGAAAUAACGAGAAUAGUAGAGCGGCGCCCCACCUUGUGUCCAUUUGUCCGUCCGUGUGAAGAUCCGCUUGUGGAGAACGCAUUGCAAAGUUCCAAUGAUAAGCAGACAAGCACACAGCACUGUAGAUAGGCAAACUAGACCCCUUGCUCCUGCGGCAACCCCCGCGCCCCCCCCCCCCCCCCCCCCCCCCCCCCCCCCCCCCCCCGGUACUGAACAGAACUUGUCUGCCCUGAUAGACUGCAUAAUCUCACACUCUCAUCGUUGAGCCUUAGACCCUGCAUGCAGCGCAUUGUGGAAUCGUCGAUAAGUUUGCUCUUUCUUCUCCAGAUGCAUCUACAUGCUGGCAUCUGGACGGCUCUGUCCUCGCUUCGAUCUGGCCAGUGGUGGGUGUACAAUCAUAUCAAGAGCGGAUGCAGCCAGCGUUCUUCCUCCUUGGAUGUCCACCUCCUCUCUGUUUGAUCAAAAUGUCAAUUUCAGUCAAGAAGGGGGGUGGCUCUCCUUCAGCUGAGGGCCCAAUAAAUUGAAUCCAUUGCUUAUCUGGCGUUGCAUAUUAAAACCCGGCCUGUUUCUAUGCGAUGAUUUCUUGUGGACCAUCGUGAUUAUUGCUCCCGUAUUCGUGGAAGUGAUUCGGGUGAGUGAGCGUUGAAUAAUCGCCUCCACUGCAGGGUGUGUCUUGUCUGUGUUUUUCUCCUUGUGGACUACUUUCUCUGUUGCUCGCUCGCUCGCUUGCUCUUUUUGCGCAGCUGGCCAUUGUCUACUGAGGAUGCAUGCCAUUCCUAGCGUCAUGUCUGUUUGUCCACUGCUCUCUUAUCGAAUAGGGUGUUUGAUGUUCGCAAUGGCUUUCGUCUCUUUUGCCAGACAGCCGCCUUUCGAAAAUCUCGGCGAAUCACAAAGCAAAAAAAGCACAAGAAUGAUUCAGGAGCGGAACUGGUUAUUCAUUUCAGUGUCAUGAUUGGGUGAUGCAGUCUGUUGAAUGGGGAUUCCGAACUGAAACCGUUUGCUUGUCAUUGUGUCCACAAGGUGUUUUGACGCCAAGGCAGUCACUUAAGCAAGGUUGAGGAAAUUUAAUGGGUGGUUUGUGCAGUCGGUUGAAGUUUCGCUUGGCUGAAUUGAUGGACAUCUUGUGCCUACUGGGUAAAGGGGGAGAGAAAUGGAAUCAAAUGCAAUGUGAUUU